AUCACUCACUACUCAAAAUGCAUCGUCUGUCGACCACUUCAUCCAGGUCUCUCCGCCGUGCAGCUGCAAAAGCAGCCAAGCCCACGUUGGCUCGUGGUGCGCACAAGGAGAUCAAGUUCUCGAACGAGGGCAGAGCUAGCAUUCUCAAGGGUGUCGACGUCCUUGCCAAUGCCGUCAGCGUCACCCUUGGUCCAAAGGGUCGCAACGUCAUCAUCGAACAGUCGUUUGGUGGUCCCAAAAUCACAAAAGAUGGUGUUACUGUCGCAAAAUCUAUCACUUUAAAAGACAAGUUUGAGAACCUUGGUGCUCGCCUUGUCCAAGACGUUGCACAAAAGACAAACGAAAUCGCAGGUGAUGGAACAACAACCGCCACCGUCCUCGCUCGCGCCAUCUACUCCGAGGGCGUCAAGAACGUCGCGGCAGGCUGCAACCCCAUGGACCUCCGCCGCGGUUCCCAAGCAGCCGUCGACCGCGUCGUCGAGUUCCUCUCCGCCAACACAAAGACCAUCACCACCACCGCAGAGAUUGCUCAAGUCGCCACCAUCUCCGCAAAUGGCGACACCCACGUCGGCAACCUCAUUGCGCAGGCCAUGGAAAAAGUCGGCAAGGAAGGUGUCAUCACCGUCAAAGAGGGCCGCACAAUCGAGGACGAGAUCGAAAUCACCGAAGGCAUGCGCUUCGACCGCGGUUUCAUCUCCCCCUACUUUGUCACGGACGUUAAAUCGCAAAAAGUCGAGUUUGAGAAACCGUACAUCCUCCUGAGCGAGAAGAAGAUUUCCUUGCUCCAGGAUAUCCUCCCCUCACUCGAAGCAGCAGCCCAAGCCCGUCGUCCGCUCGUCAUCAUCGCAGAGGACAUUGACGGUGAAGCGCUAGCAGCGUGUAUCCUCAACAAGCUCCGUGGCCAACUCCAAGUCGCGGCCGUCAAAGCACCCGGGUUCGGAGACAACCGCAAGUCUAUCCUCGGAGACCUCGCCAUCCUCACGGGGGGCACCGUCUUCACCGACGAGCUCGACAUUAAACUCGAGCGCGCGACCGUCGACCUGCUCGGCUCCACCGGCUCCAUCAGCAUCACGAAAGAGGACACCAUCGUCCUCAACGGCGAAGGAUCAAAAGAUGCCAUCCAGGCCCGCUGCGAACAGAUCCGCGCACUCGUUGCGGACCCUACCACGUCUGACUUUGACAGGAGCAAGCUCCAAGAACGGCUGGCCAAGCUCAGCGGCGGAGUAGCCGUCAUCAAAGUCGGUGGAUCCUCCGAAGUCGAAGUAGGCGAGAAGAAGGACAGGUACGACGACGCGCUCAACGCUACCCGUGCCGCUGUAGAGGAAGGUAUUCUUCCAGGCGGAGGCGUAGCCCUCCUCAAAGCCUCCCUCCAGCUCGCUACGAGUUCUCCAGCAGCUGGGUCGACGAGUUCCCCCGUCUCACCCGACGCCAAACCCAUCUCGACAAUCAACUUUGAUCAAGAAUUGGGCGUGGCGAUUAUUAGAAGGGCAUUGACCAACCCCGCACGAACGAUACUGACCAACGCCGGUGAAGAAUCUAGCGUUAUCGUUGGUACGCUUCUGAAAACCUACGGGGGAGCGGACAAGUUUGCGUGGGGGUACGAUGCUGCGAAGGGGGAAUAUGUGGAUAUGAUCAAGGCGGGGAUUGUGGAUCCUUUGAAGGUUGUUAGGACGGCGCUUGUGGAUGCGAGUGGGGUCGCGAGUUUGUUGACGACGAGUGAGGUGUGUGUUGUUGAGAGUGAGGAGGAGAAGGCGCCCGGUGGUGGCAUGGGUGGUGGCAUGGGGGGGAUGGGAGGGAUGGGAGGGUUUUAA